GAUGGAGUCGCUUCUUAAAAACCUCAAAGAACAUGUAACAUGUUCGAUUUGUUUGGACACUUACACCAAGCCUAAGACCAUUGCUUGUCUUCAUACAUUCUGCUGUGAAUGCCUGAAGAGACAUGCACUAACGAGACAAAAACAAGGGCUUUAUCCAUGCCCCGAGUGUCAGGCACAAAUUCGCAUCCCUGAAGGAAAGCAUUUUGAUAAUUUGCCAAACAGUUUUCUACACAACAGUUUGGUAAGUCUUCUUGCCGUUCGACGCAGUGGCGAAGGAAAUGAGAUCAGCUGUGAUACAUGCCAGAAGAAGAGCGCUGAAAUCAAUUACUGCUUCGAAUGCAAGAAGUUUAUGUGCCCCGACUGUGUGAAAGCUCACGAAGUGUUUCGAGAUACUGUGUUUCAGGGACACAAGAUCACCCCAGUGCGACAGUUUCAAGCCACAGACUACGAGGCCCUGUUAAAAAGGCAGUCAUUUUGCUCCGUUAAGUAUCAUGAGAGAGAAGUAUCAAAAUUUUUUUGUGUGGGUUGUCAAACCUGUGUUUGUCCAGUAUGCAUCGCCACCGAUCACAAAAACCAUGAUGUUGUUCUGCUUGAAAAAGCAGCGGAUGAUGAGAAAGCAAACAUCAUUGCUCUGGCACAGCUGGUCAGAGAGAAGAAAGAGGUCUGCAGAGGAAUUAUCUGUGAAUUUGAGAAGACAGAAGCUGAAUUGGAAGCAAAUAUUACUUCUGCUAAACGCCAGGUUACCGAAACAGCCGAACAGAUGAUGGGAAAGCUUCGCCAAUUGGAGCGUGAAGGCAUUACUGCCCUUGAGAGGGCUCGCGUGAGUCGAAUUGAGAAAUUAAAUGCUAUGAAAACAUCGGUUGUCUCAUUGGAAAAACAACUCGACCAAGCAUUUGACUUCAGUAACAACCUGGUUAUGAGAAGCUCGAGCUCAGACAUAAUGCAAAACAAGAAGAAUGUGGAAGAACGAGUCCAAGACCUCAUCAAGACCAAAAUGCCUACACUUCCGGUUAGAUCGUCUGUUGAGUUUGUGUCGACAUGUGAACCAGAGAGUUUAAGUCUGGGAUUUAUGAAAUUCAGCGAAACAGAUAUGCAAGUAUCCACCGUGAAAGUACGGAAACGGAAUAUCCAAGCUGGUGUAGAAGCUGAGCUAUUGAUUUUUCCCAAAAAGAGCGAAGGAGAAAUUAGAAAUACUCUGCACAGAGAUCGUUUUGAAGUACAAAUAGACCCUGCAGAUAAAGUGAGAAGUUUGGUGACGAGUGAAAAUGAAGGCAGGGGUUUUCAGGUAAAAUUUGAACCGAAAAUACCAGGUACUUAUGAAAUGGAAUUAAAGAUAAAUGGACGGAAACUUUUCGAGUGUCCAGUUUUGAUUCCAGUGAAAGCGCGUGAGUUAAACUUUGUAGGCAGGUUAGACUUUCAGGAAGAAGUGCGGCAGGGUCCAACCGGGAUUGCAGUGAACAGUGAAGGUGUUGUUGUUGUGGCUCAUCGUCUUGAUCACUGUAUCUUGGUAUUUGAAAAGACAGGAAAGUUAAGGCGAAAGUUUGGUUGUCAUGGAAAUAAAGAUGGGCAGUUUGAUCAGCCAGUGGACAUCACAUUCAUAAACGAUGAUGAGAUUCUUGUGGCGGAUCAAUAUAAUCACCGAAUACAGCAGUUGAAUGUUCAGACGGGAGACUUUGUGAAAAGUUUUGGAAAAAAGGGAAGUGGAGACGGAGAGUUACAAUAUCCCAUUGGUGUUUGUGUUACAAGUGAUGGACGUUUUAUCGUUGUAGUGGAGUAUUCUAAUAGCAGAAUUCAGGUGUUUACAAUGGAUGGUAAACCUGUGUUGAAAUUUGGAGACAGCGGCUCAGAUAGACUGGAUCAUCCAAUCGGCUGUGUUUGUUACGAAGACAAAUUCAUUGCAACUGACUCCAGCAAUAACUGUGUGAAAGUGUUUGAUAGCAAAGGACAGUUUUUGUACAAGUUUGGAGAAAUAGGAAACGCUGAUGGAGAACUGAAUAAUCCGUAUGGCGUAUGUGUUGACAAGUAUGGAGAGAUUGUCGUAUGUGACAAGCUGAACAAUCGCAUCCAGAUGUUUACAUUAGAAGGAACUUUCAUUGGAAAGACAAGUACUAAACUUAAUCUCAAAGGGCCCUGGGGUGUUAUCUCAAUGCCAGAUGAUCGGAUUUUGAUUACAGACGUUAUCGGGAAUGAAAUAUAUGCUGGCAUUGCAGUGAAUAGUAAAGGUGUUAUUGCUGUGGCUGAUAAUAAAGGUCACUGUAUCCUGGUAUUUGAUGAGACAGAAAAAUUUGUGCGAAAACUUGGUUCCUAUGGAGACAAGGAUGGGCAGUUUAACAGACCAGCCGACAUCACUUUCCUAAAGGAUGACAAGAUUCUGGUGGCAGAUGAAUUCAAUCACCGAAUACAGCGGUUGAACGUACAGACAGGGAACUUUGUGAAAAGCAAUGGAAAGAGAGGAAGUGGAUACGGAGAGUUACACAAUCCCACUAGUGUGUCUAUUUCAAGGGAUGAGCUUUUUAUCGUUGUAGCGGAUUUUAAUAACAGCAAAAUUCAGAUGUUUAUAUUAGAUGGCAAACCUGAGUUGAAGUAUGGAGACAAAGGUAGACAGAGCAAAUUAGAUGAAGUAACUGGGAGGACUGGGGAGUCUGAUGGUUUCGGAGGCAUCCCAGCUACACAGCCUCCCCUCACUACACCCCUGGAAAGAAGAGAUAUUCCUCCACAACUGAGCAUGACACUUGAACACAUUGUGGGGCAGCUUUAUGUGCGAACACAGGCUUGUCGUAGGAGCAUUUCUGGACAGGGAAUUAUCUUUGGAACCAAGAGCCUUGGGACGGAUGAUGAGAAAGCAAACAUCAUUAUCCGAGCCGAGCUAGUUAAGCAGAAGAAAGAGGUCUGCCGAGAUGUUAUUCGUGAAUUUGAGAAGACGGAACUUGAGUUGGAAGCGAACAUUACCACCGCUGAAUUCCAAGUUUCCCAAGUAGUCGAACAGAUGAUAAGAAAGCUACGCCAAUUGGAAAAUGAAACCAUAACUGCCUUCGAGAAGUCUCGCGCGUCGAGGAUUGAGAAAUUACAUUCUGGAAAAGAAUCGCUUGUCUCUUUGGAAAAGCAACUUGACCAAGUAUUUGAGUUCAGUAACAACCUGGUUGAGAGAAGCUCGAGCUCAGACAUAAUGCAAAACAAGAAGAAUGUGGAAGAACGAAUCGAAGACCUCAUCAAGACUACAGUGCCAGCACUUCCGGUUAGCUCAUUCGUGGAGUUUGUGUCGACAUGUGAACCAGAGAGUUUGAGUCUUGGAUUUACGAAAUUCUGCGAAACACAUGUGCCAGCAUCGACCGUGGAAGGACUGGAUCAGAAUUUUCAAGCUGGUGUAGAUGCAGAACUAUUGAUUUGUCCCAAAUCAAGCGAAGGAGAAACCAAAGACAGUCAGCACACAGAUCGUGUUGAAGUACACAUAGAACCUGCGGAUCGGAUGAGCAAUUUGCUGACAAGUGAAAAAGAAGACGGUGAGUUUGGAGUAAAAUUUGUAGCGAAAGUACCUGGUACUUAUGAAAUGGAUGUUAAGAUAAAUGGACAGAAACUUGCCAAGAGUCCAUUUUUGAUUCCAGUUAAAGCACGACAGUUACAAUUUGUUGGCAAGUUAGACUUUCAGGAAAUAGUGUCCCAGCAUCCAGCCGGGAUUGCAGUAAACAGUAAAGGUGUUAUGAGUGUGGCUGGGUGUAAAGGUCACUGUAUCCUGGUACUUGAUGAGGCAGGAAAUUUUAGACGAAAACUAGGAUGUUAUGGAGACGAGGAUGGGCAAUUUAAUCAACCAGUCGACAUCACAUUCAUAAACGAUGACGAGAUUCUGGUGGUAGAUUCAGGUAAUCACCGAAUACAGCAGUUGAAUAUACGAACAGGGAACUUUGUGAAAAGCUUUGGAAAAGAGGGAAGUGCAGACGGAGACUUGAAGAAUCCUUCAAGUGUUUGUAUUACAAGCGAUGGAGGUUUUAUCGCUGUUGCGGAGUUUAUUAACAGCAGAAUUCAAGUGUUUACAAUGGAUGGUAAACCUGUGUUGAAGUUUGGAAACAGCGGCUCAGAGAGGCUGGAUCAUCCGUUGGGCUGCAUUUGUUACGAAGACAAGUUUAUUGUAACUGACACGAAUAAUAACUGUGUGAAGGUGUUUGAUAGAAAAGGACAGUUUUUGUACAAGUUUGGAGAAUACGGAAACGGUGAUGGACGAUUGGAUUGGCCGUGUGGGUUAAGUGUUGACAAGUGUGGCAACGUUUUCUUAUGUGACAGGUUGAAUAAUCGCAUUCAACAGUUUACAUUGGAAGGAACUUUCAUUGGAAAGACAAGUACUGAUCUGAAACUACAACAGCCUUGGGGUAUUACCACAUUAUCAGAUGAUCGAAUUUUGAUUACAGAGUUCGACGGAGAGGAAGCUAUCAUUCUGAAAUGAAUGCAUAUUCAUGAAAUUAGCAAUCAAACCUUCUCAAACAAAACUUAAAAAAUGAAGAUAUUCUCAUCAGUUUUGUUUUAAGAAGAUUUAAUUAUUAGUAUUAUUUUAUUAAGUUACGGACAUUCUUGACACACUUCUUGUGAAGCAAAAGAAUUUGAAAAAAAAAGCUAGAAUCGGAGUGGCUCUCAAAAUUCAUGAAAAGAGUCCAAUUAUUUUCUUUGAUUCAUUAGUAGAGUGGUGUGACUGUUUUGCAGUAAACUGACUAAA